UCCCCAGGGGAGGGGAAAGUGGGGGAGAAAGGGGGGGCUCAGACUGCCACGCCGCACCCCCCACCCCGGGCCCGGGCCCUGGUCGCUCUGGCUCUGGCCUGCUGGUGUCUCUCUGGUCUCUCCGUCUCUCUUUGCCUUUGUCUCUGAGGAGCUCUACGUCUCGGUCUCUGUGCACCCACGGUUCCCCGAGCACCCACCCCUGCCCCGCCGCCCGGACCUGGUGCAGGGACCCGGCGGGGAGAAAGCACAUUCAGCGUCUGUCUGGGCCCCCGGGCCCCCGUCAGCGAGGCAUUGAGAAGAGGCAGAGACGGUGGCAGGGGAGGCAGAGGGGACCGUUCCCGGGCGCCCACCGAGUACUAGCCCCGGUCCUGGGGGCGUCUUUUUCACGCCCAGAAAGAAGGAAAGGGCCCAGAGAGGGGAAGUUCCUGGUCAAUGUCACACGGACCUUUACUGCCUCUGUACCCCACCCCGACCAUGGGCUCCCCCUUUCCCCUGCUGAGCCUGCCUGCGCCCCUGUACCCCAUGGUGUGUUCGAUGGAACACCCACUGUCGGCUGACAUUGCCAUGGCCACCCACGCAGAUGAGGACGGAGACACGCCCCUCCACAUCGCUGUGGUGCAAGGCAACCUGCCAGCCGUGCACAGGCUGGUCAACCUCUUCCAGCAUGGGGGCCGGGAACUAGAUACCUACAACAACCUUCGGCAGACCCCGCUGCACCUGGCCGUGAUCACUACGCUGCCGUCCGUGGUCCGGCUUCUGGUGACGGCUGGCGCCAGCCCCAUGGCCUUGGACCGCCACGGCCAGACGGCCGCCCACCUGGCCUGCGAGCACCGCAGCCCGACCUGCCUGAGGGCCCUGCUGGACAGCGCGGCCCCGGGCACAGUGGACCUGGAGGCCCGCAAUUACGACGGGCUCACCGCCCUGCACGUGGCCGUCAACACCGAGUGCCACGAAGCCGUCCUGCUGCUGCUGGAGCGCGGCGCCGACGUAGACUCGGUGGACAUCAAGAGCGGCCGCUCCCCGCUCAUCCACGCCGUGGAGAACAACAGCCUGAGCAUGGUGCAGCUGCUGCUGCAGCACGGCGCCAAUGUCAACGCCCAGAUGUACUCGGGCAGCUCGGCCCUGCACUCGGCGUCGGGCCGCGGGCUCCUCCCGCUCGUGCGCACCCUGGUCCGCAGUGGCGCCGACAGCGGCCUCAAGAACUGCCACAACGACACGCCGCUCAUGGUGGCGCGCAGCCGCCGGGUCAUCGACAUCCUGAGGGGCAAGGCCACCCGGCCUGCCCCCACAUCAAAGCCAGAGCCCUCCCCUGAACGAAGUGCCACCACCUCCCCCGAGAGCAACAGCCACCUCAGCUCCAACGGUCUCCUUUCUGCAUCACCGUCCUCCUCGCCCUCCCAGUCUCCUCCCAAGGACCCCUCUGGAUUCCCCAUGGCUCCCCCCAAUUUCUUCCUGCCUUCCUCAUCUCCACCUGCCUUUCUGCCCUUUGCUGGGGUCCUCCGAGCCCCUGGCCGGCCGGUGCCCCCCUCCCCAGCUCCAGGAGGCAGCUGAGAGGGAUGGGGGGGCAGAUCUCGGACUCAUGAGGAGGGGCCUCCCUGCCCUGUGGGAUCCACCCUCCUGGAAACUGUGAAGAUCUCACUCUGCCCCCCCGCCCCAAUCUUUGGGACCAGGAUUUGCACAAAGACACACGCCCCUCCCCUUAAGCCCCCUCUUCUGAGCACAAGUAUACCUUCAUCUCGUCUCCCCACGCAGGACUCUGACCUCCCAGUAUUCUCAGGCACCAGCCCCCUGCCUGGAAUUCCUUCCAAAUGUUCCUUUCCUUGUCCUCUCCCAGAGCUGGUGGCAGCAGCGCACAGCUCUCCCCUCCACCUCCUGCCCAGGUGGAGGAGGAGGGGACAGACGAUCAGACCUGACCGUAGGCGAGCACUGAUAAUGAUGUAAAUUAUUAGGCAUUUUGGUUGGAUUUCUUUUAUAAUAAACUAUUUUUGUACCAUG